UAACUGAAUCUUCUCUGGUGUGUUUCUCUUUGCAUGCUUACCAGUCGAGUGGAAAAAUGUGGUCCUAUGGCUUCUACCUGAUCCACCUGCAAGGGAAGCAGGGUUUCCAGUUCUUUUGUAAAACAGAGGACACCAAGAGGAAAUGGAUGGAGCAGUUUGAGAUGGCCAUGUCAAACAUCAAGCCGGAGAAAGCCACGGCCAAUCAGCACAACUUCCAGAUGCACACGUUUGAGAAGGACACCAACUGCCGAGCCUGCAAGAUGCUGCUGAGGGGGAUAUUCUACCAGGGGUACUACUGUUCCCAUUGUGGGACUGGAGCGCACAAAGAGUGUCUAGAGUGCAUCUCCAUCUGUAAAAUAAAUCCACUCGACACAGAACCUGGACUACCGCCAUCAGGUCCUAAGAUGGUGGCAGUGAGGAAUUAUCACGGGACGCCUGUUCCUCCAGGGAAGUCUCCACUCUCCUUCCACACAGGCGACUUCAUCGAGCUCCUGAAGGGGGAACCUGACACCACCUGGUGGGAGGGAAAGCUUAUCCAAACCCAGAAGAGUGGCUUCUUUCCUAACAACUGUGUAAAGCCUUGUUUGGACCCCAAGCCUUUGUUCCAGUCCUUCCCCAGCCGGCAGUCCUCAAGGGAAACAGACUACUAUGCAUACCCAUGGUUUGCUGGCAACAUGGAGCGGACACAGGCUGACAACCUGUUGAAGUCCCACAGCAGUGGGACAUACCUGAUCAGAGAGAGGACUGCUGAGGCAGAGAGGUUCGCCAUCAGCAUCAAGUUCAAUGAUGAAGUAAAGCACAUUAAAGUCAUUGAGAAAGACAGCUGGAUCCACAUCACUGAGGCUAAGAAGUUUGAGAGUCUACUGGAGUUGGUGGAGUACUAUCAGUCUCAUUCGCUGAAGGAGAGUUUCAAGCUGCUAGACACGACAUUACGAUAUCCCUACAAAUCUAGAGAACGGGGGCCGGCGUCGCGGGCCAGCACCCGCUCUCCAGUGUUCACACCGAGGGUGGUCAGCACCGCAGUGGCCAGGUACAAUUUUGCAGCACGGGACAUGAGGGAGCUGUCACUCAGAGAAGGAGACAUUGUCAAGAUCUACAGCAAGAUCGGAGGAGACCAGGGCUGGUGGAAGGGAGAGGCCAAUGGCAGGAUUGGCUGGUUUCCUUCAACAUAUGUUGACGAAGAAGGAGUUCAGUGAGGUUCUGAUGUCACCACGGCUCCUAUCCAAUCACAUCACACCUCCACAGUCCUCAGAAAGGACUAGUUGGUUUCCAGGGAAACACCAUGUGGAAUACUUUUUGCUGGAUACUGAUUUUGCAGUGAACAACGUUUCUAUUCCGGUUUUCUUCCUACGCGUAUGCAUCGGCUUUGCUUAUGUUGUUUUUUUGUAAGAUCUUGUCCUGUUUGAUCUCUGUGAGGAAAAACUGGAUUCCAGUCUGUCUGCCUCUGGUUGUUCUGAGGGGGCUGACAUGAAACAUUACAGAGACUGGGGAACCUAUAGUUUUAUUACAUGGAUAGAUCCGCCUUUGUUGCAGGUCUAUGGGAGGGGGUAAUAUAAUGUAUAGAUAAUUUAUUUAACAGAGAUCCUAACGAUUAAUGUGUGAAAUGGAUAUUAGCAACACAGCAGAUAAAAAGAGAUGAAGAAAAAUACAGAUUUGUGUCUCUUUGCUGGAAGAUUUUGCCUUAGUUGUCAUGGUGAUGCCUUGAGGGCGUACAAGAGAGGUGGAAGGAGAAACGCCAGGAUUAGUUUGUCUUGCACACACAGACACACUCACUUGCCCUGACCACUAUAACAUUAUGGUGCCUUUGAAGUGUGGUUAAUACUCACAGGAUUCGUCAGUUAUGGUCCAUGGACCACCGCCAGCUUACAGUCGAGCUCUACCCAUCCAACCUCUACUGCAGAGUGCACUAUGGAUGGAGAAGAAGAAGGAAGGGGGAGAUGCAACAUUUGGGACACAGCUCCAGUCCUUAACCCUCUGUUCAUUCAUUCAACCCCCUGUUCAACGGAAGACAGACAGACAGUGCCCUCAGAAGCAUUGCACUGGAGUUGGGGAACUGUUCCUGACGCAGCCAGAAAAGAACAGUGACUCACCGAGGGGUGUAAUGGCAGGCAGAAUGGGUGUACAGAUAGAAGGUUCACAUCAGUCUCAGCACUUUAAGUCUAUGGGUUCUCCUCACAAUCAACAGGGGGCAAAAAGGGAAAUGUAAGUCAGUCCAACACUCACCUAAUGCACUGAACAUUUAUCUUGGUGUUCAACAUUUCUGUUGGUUUUAUUUUGUAAAAGACCAAAAUUUACUUGCUAAAAACUGGACCAACCGUAAUUAUUUUAAAGCCAAAUGCAACUUAUUUUUUAUUAAUUUACGCAUGAACUUCAACCUAGAGAUUUUUAUUAUCAGUUUGUUUGUACCUUGCCUUAUUUACAGAUGGACACAUGGUCCUGGGAUUUUAGGAAGUUUAAAAUGUUGAAAAUUCUCUGAAUUUUCUUUUUGGUGCUGUGGUGUCUGGUGAAGUAAUAUGGCAGCUCCAUGAAUUACUCAGAAUCAAAAAGUCAACAUCAUUAUGAUGAUCUACCUGAAAAUAAUAUGAUGUCACAAUAUAAAUAUAUUGAAUGCAGUCAUACACUUUCUAGCUCCAAGGGGAAACAGUGCACCAGGUUUAAUCUAGCCUACAGUGCAGAAAGCCACACUGGAUCAUUGACUGACCACAUCCAUGUAAUCAGAUAUUGAAGAUAAAGAUGGCUGCCAUAUUCUCUGGUUUCCUAUCCCAUCCCAGAUCAGUUGUCAACCCCAAGUACCCACAAUAAUCGACUGACCAGAUGAUUCAAACAGUGACAUUGGCUGAAAAACUAAGACUGAUGUGGUGGAAGAGGAAAGAGUACUGUAGCUUUCUGAUCGUAUGUGACUAUGUUGUGUGUAUUCCCACUACUCCCAAACAUAACUCCUGACACCUAGGAUAGAAAGGGUUGAUUUUGGGGGGAGUACAUGUUGGCUAAGGGGGGGGAUACUUAGUCGCUGUUUGUGUAGUGGAGAAAACUCAUUGCAUGUGGUUAUAGAUAUUUCAACUCCUAUCAGUACAUCCUCAAAAAAUAACUUAAUAGUGUACAUUUUUCUUUGAAUGGUUGAGUAAUUCCAAA